AUGGACAGCUCCUCGACGCCGCUCGCCGACUACUUUUGGAUCGCCGGCGUAGAGUCCGUCUCUUAUCAGGACUCUACCCCGCAGCCCCCCUCCAACAACGUCGAAUCCACCAUCGCCGAGGACAGCGAGUAUGAGGAAAGCGAUAACGAGUUCAACGCCACCCCGAGCAAGCGCGUUGCUCGUCAUUCCAGCGUCGGUCGCCAUUCCAGGCAGAACUCGGGUGGUGGUGGUGGCCGCGCCCCCAGUCGCUUCUCCAUCCAGACUGUCGAAGAAGUAGACGGGAACACGCGAAGCAACCGGAGCAGCGCUACCAUUCGACCCUCCCAGGCGAGCCAGAUCAAUGGCUCCGGCAACGGUGCCGGCCUCAAUGUCUUCAAUGGCCUCCCCCCGGGCCUCAAUGGCGAAGGACAAUUUAUCGAAGGCUUCGACUUUGACAAGGCCUUGCUCAAGUUCGCUUCCGAACGAGAGAACUUCUUGGAAGACUUGUCCUUCAGUGCCGGUGCCAAAACACAAGCCCGCCCUCCCAUGGUCAACCCCAGAGCUGAGCGCAUCAAGGCUGACGAGGGCGACGCGAGCGGCCGGAGAAGUCCUCUACGCAGCAUCGAGCGGAGCAUCAAGGGCAGCAUCCGCCGCAAAAUGAGUUUCAGGGACAUGAACAGCAUGCGCAAGCAACCCACCACUCCUCGGGCGAGCACGCCAGGAGCCGGUACGAUACCCCGCCAAGGUCCACCCUCCUCUGUAGCGCAAUCCUCAAGUCCUUUCCGGUCAACUAACACGCUGGCUCCAGCUUCAAUUAGGACUGCCAAGCGACUCAGCAACUACAACUCAGUGAUUCCUCCUCCGGAGCCCCUGAACACGGAUCCAGACAUGCAUCCCCUCAAGAGACGAUUCGAGCCUGUCUUGUUGGACAGGUACCCAGCCAAAGACGCGACAGACGAGAUCGCCCGUCGUGGCAGAUUCCCAGACUACGUUCCCAUGUUUGCCUUCCCGAACGAUAUCCAGAUCGUGUCUUCCGAUGACAGGCCACGUUCCACCUGGCAUGGUUUUACAAUGACUUCGGACGAUAACUCCAAGAUAUAUGGUAUUACCAUCAUUAUCUGGACCGCCCUGACAUCCGAGGUUGCAGACGAGGUCGAGAAAAGAUGUGAGCAGUGGCGGCAGAGCCACAUGUCCAACGAGGAGCGGGAAUUGGCGGCCAGUCUGGGAGUGCGACUUGCGGCUGAGCGUGCGCACCUCUCACAGUUGCUUGCGAAGCUCCCUACGAUUCCCUCGGGGUCUUCAGCUCGUGACACUCUGGAUGACCAGAUUAGCGCUGUUGAGGAGAAGAUUAGUCUCAUGACAGAAAUGCUGAGACCACUUCGGCACGGUGCCGCGUCCAAGAUCGACGGCUUGACGGCUGGCGAGAGUGGACUGUGGGCCCCCAGAGCUUACGGCAUCUUGGGAAGAGACGCCACGAGAAUGUCAUUCUGGAAGGAAUGGCUGCGAGCCAUCGUUGUGCCUAUGACUGACAGUGCAGUUCUCCGAGUGCCACCCAGCUCCCCCAAGGUUGGUCGUUGGCAGCCUCUUGAGCGUUACGUCGUCAAUCUGUGCACCGAGGCAUUUAGUCCGCUGGCUUCCAAGACCCAGGUCGAGCUAGGCGUGCGAGAGUUGCGGUUAUAUUGUCGAAAGGAAGCCAUCAACGAGAUUCCAGGGGCCCGGACCAUUGACAUCUACGCCCUAUUCAGAUGUUUGUCCAUGGAGAACAUUGUUGCUCUGUUCGAGUACGCAAUGUCGGAGUCUCGCAUUAUCUUCCUCUCCUCACACACUGGUAUGCUUCACCUGGCAUGCCACGCACUGGUCAAUUUGUUGUAUCCCCUUAAGUGGGCGAGCAUCUUUAUUCCUGUGCUCCCUGCGCGUCUGAUUUCGGCACUCGAGGCACCUUGCCCUUACAUCGUCGGCAUCGAGCGGCGAUAUGAGAAGAUUGAGCUUCCGGAGGACGACUACGUGCUGGUUGAUUUGGACCUUGAUACGAUCGACGCCACUAACCAGCCCGUUCGACUUCCGCGACAGCAUCGUCGCAAGCUCAUUUCUUUACUCCAUGUGGCCGCGCCGCAUCACAUUCGGUAUGGAGUGACUACUGGACCCCCGCCAUAUGCAAUGGAGUCCUACCCGUAUGACGCCUUUUCAGUUGAGAACGAUACUCUGUACAACGCCAGUGUCGCCUCGAGCUCCUUGGGCAAGUGGGUUACACAGAACUCUUCAUCUUUCGGAGAGCCGGCCCCUCCGAACUCGGUGCGACCACCAAUCUUCAAUGCUUUCUUGCAUUCGAAGGCUGGCGAUCACAGCAAGGACCGGCCUACUACCAGCAAGUCCGGCAAAACCAGCCCACAAUCUUCCAUCUCACCAGUUUCGAUGAACUUCCCCCCGAUGCCGACCACACCUGUGUCACGCAGCGAUUCCGGCUUUGCACAGACUUUGAGAGAAAAGAAGUCGGGCCACUUUGAUGAGAAGUCUCGCCGCAGCUCGUCCUUUGGCAUGGACAAGCACCCUCCUCUCCACCGACCAAGCUUGCCCUUCCUUAACGGACACAAUCCAAGCAUGUCGGUAUCCGCAAUCUCGGUCGAUUCGCAGUCUUCGUACAAUGGGUAUACGCCCGGAUAUGCACCUUCCACGUAUGCCCAGUCUACCCUGGCGGCAUCGACCAUCAUGCCCAACAUGCUGAUUCAGCCCGUACGGAACACCGACACAAUGGUGUGGGUCGAGGGCCAUUGCUUCAACUGGAUGGCCCAUGACUUGUCCUCGACAUGUUCCGUCUGCGACGACAAGUCAGAAGGAGACGGUAUCUACGAGUGCUCUCACUGCAAUGCCCGUUCUCACAACCGCUGCCUGGGACAGGUCUCCGUGGUGUGCAGCGAAGCAUUUCACCCUGACCGAGUUCGAGCUGCUUUCGUUCGAUGCCUCGCUAGUCUCUUGUACACGUACAGAAAGCAUCUAGGCCGUCCUACUCGUGAGCAAAAGAACAAUGGCCAACUCUACAAUUUCGACAUGAACAGCUUCAUUAAGAGUCUUCCGUACGAUCAACAAGAGUACGCCACAAUGUUGAGAGAAACUCAAGCUUUCAACGAGUUUAUUCACGAGCGGGAGACACACUCGGCUACGCACGCGUCGAUCCGUCUCUUUGACGAGAUCAUCAUGGCCAAGAAGGCUCGUGGACGGCCGGGACUCUCCACGGGAUUCUCUCGCCUUUCGACCAUCCGUAUGUCGCACGGCGCGUCAAGCAACGCUUCAGGGUUCGCUGCGCCAUCAAAGCUCAAGAUUCCGACGUAUCUGGGCGAUACUUCGGACCACAUGUGGCGGACGGCUUCGGUGCCUGCUCCCAGCGCCAAGUUCCCGGGCGAGUACCGAACCGUCGUCACCCGGAUUCCUACCAAGUUGGACCCCAGUCUGAUGAGAGAGCCUCGAGCGAUCCAGGGUGUCCCUCGGGCCGAGCAACGGGCACACGGGUUCAUCAGGAAGCAAGUACCCAGUAUGGUUGGUAGUCCACCAAACUGA